CUCAGCAAAGAGACUAAAAAGGAAGACUGUCUUCCUCAAGAAAAAGCAAAGCGGGGAAUCAAGAAAGCAAGGCCUUCCCGUUCUUGGCGAGCACUGUCGAAAUCUCACGCGCGAAUUUCUCGCGAAUCCGUCGUCCUUCCUUCGUCCCUUCCGAAUCUGUGAAUCCGAUCCCCAUCUUUCGUCUUGUCCGGAAGAGCGUGAGUUUGUUGUUCAGAGCUUCCUUCGGGCUGGAGGAAAGUCUCGGGUUCCGGCUGCUUAAUCUUGGGGGUUCUGGGUUCUGGGUUUUGGCUCCCGAGUGGCUGGGAGGAAGAUGUCCAAGCGGGGCUACAAGCUGCAGGAAUUUGUGGCCCAUUCGUCCAAUGUCAACUGUCUCAGUAUUGGAAAGAAGGCAUGCCGGCUUUUUCUCACUGGUGGAGAUGACUGCAAGGUCAAUCUAUGGGCCAUCGGCAAGCCGAAUUCCUUGAUGAGCCUUUGUGGUCAUACAAAUGCUGUAGAAUCCGUAGCCUUUGAUUCUGCAGAAGUGUUGGUGCUUGCUGGAGCUUCUUCUGGUGUCAUUAAGCUGUGGGACGUGGAAGAAGCAAAGAUGGUUCGUGGUCUUACUGGACACAGAUCCAAUUGCACCGCUAUGGAAUUCCAUCCAUUUGGAGAGUUCUUUGCAUCUGGUUCCACCGACACAAAUCUGAAGAUAUGGGAUAUCAGGAAGAAGGGAUGUAUACACACGUACAAGGGUCAUACUCGAGGCAUUAGCACCAUCAGAUUCUCUCCUGAUGGUCGCUGGGUUGUUUCAGGGGGAAAUGAUAAUGUUGUGAAGGUGUGGGAUCUAACUGCUGGAAAGCUUUUGCAUGAUUUUAAGUUCCAUGAAAAUCAUAUCCGAUCUAUGGAUUUCCAUCCCUUGGAGUUCCUACUUGCUACAGGUUCGGCAGAUAGAACGGUUAAAUUCUGGGACUUGGAAACGUUUGAACUAAUCGGAUCUUCCAGACCUGAGGCCACAGGAGUACGUGCAAUUGCCUUCCAUCCUGAUGGGAGGACCUUGUUCUGUGGUUUGGAGGAUAGCUUAAAGGUUUACUCAUGGGAGCCUGUAAUCUGCCAUGAUGGUGUUGACAUGGGAUGGUCAACCCUUGCUGAUCUUUGUAUUCAUGAUGGAAAACUCUUGGGUUGCUCAUAUUACCAAAGUUCUGUUGGUGUUUGGGUAGCAGAUGCGUCGCUUAUUGAACCGUAUGGAACUAAUGUAAAGCCUCAGCAGAAGGAUAGUGGGGAUGAUGAAAUUGAACACCAAGAAAGUCGUUCCUCGGCUAAAGUUGGGACCACCAUAAGAUCAACUUCAAUCAUGCGCUGCGCCUCUCCGGAUUAUGAAACCAAAGACAUAAAGAAUAUAUAUGUGGAUAGUAGUUGGUUUUUAUGUACUUUUAUAUUACUGUCAAAUUCAUAUACCAAUAUGAUAACACAUGGUCCUAUGCAAAGUACUGGAAGCUUAAUGGCCUGUACUACUGGAUGGAAUGUAUAUAUACAGUGCUCAUCAGAUGAGGCCGCUAGUGGUAAUCCUGUUUCUUCACAGCGUGUUGGUACCACAAACUUUGCAAAAGUGACUCAACCGCUGGAUUUUAACGACACUCCUAAUUUGACACUACGGAGGCAGGGUUUGGUAACAGAAACGCCAGAUGGAUUAAGUGGGCAUGUUCCUAGUAAAUCUAUUACUCAACCGAAAGUUGUUAGUAGGGACAGUCCUGAUGGAAAAGACUCAUCUCGAAGAGAAUCUAUUACUUUUUCAAGGACUAAACCGGGCAUGUUGCUCAGGCCUGCUCAUUCGAGGAGGCCGUCGAGCACCAAAUAUGAUGUCGACAGGUUAUCAGCAUGUGCUGAAAUUGGAGUGCUUAGCAGUGCAAAAAGUGGUUCUGAAAGUCUUGUAGAUUCAUUUUUUAACAUCAAAGUUGCACCUGAAGAUGGAGCAAGAAAUGGCUGUGAAGACAAUCAUUCGAGUGUCAAGAAUGUCUCUGUGGAAUCUGAGAAGGUGCUACCACUGCAGACACCUAAAACAGAAAAGUGUGACCAAACUGUCAGUUUCAGAGAAGAAAUCAACUCUGUCAAGUUUGUCAAUGGAGUUGCAGUUGUGCCAGGCAGGACGCGCACUUUAGUUGAGAAGUUUGAAAAAAAGAGAAAAAUUGAACAGCAGAACGAGGAAAAGAGUGACAGAUUAAACAUCGUUGAACAAAAGGCAACAAGAAUGUCUUCUCAUAUGGUAACCCCUGAGGAUAGAACACCUGUUACCCUUGUUGGCAGUACUGAAGAUCAGUCAACUGUAAUGGCUCCUCAAAGAGAAUUACCAGCUGAUGAAUCAAGUAAAACUCCUCCAUUGCCGGUUGAGGAUUUGGAGAUUCAUCAUGGAUCAAAUGUCAGUGAAGAUAAGGCGACUAUUUUGUCUUCUCAGACAGUAUCAGAGGAGGAUAGCAAACGCUCUACCCUUAUUCGCAACUUCCGUAGAAGAGACAGAUUUAAAAGUACUGAAGGUCGAUCCCCUGUAAUGGCUACUCAAAGAAAACUACCAACAGAUGAAUCAGGCAAAACUUCUUCUUUGCCAAUGGAGGAUUUGGAAAUCAAAGGUGGAUUGAAUGUGAGUGAAGAUAAGGCAACUAGUUUCUCUUCUCGUGCACCACCGAGGGAGGAUAGAGCACACUCCGCUCUUGUUCGCAAUGUUCGAAAAAGAGACAAAUUCAAAAGUACUAAUGAUACAAUUACUGUAAUGGUUCAUCAAAGAGGACUAUUGACAGAUGAAGCUACCUCCAACGACCACGAGAGGGGAACCUCAAUAUGUGGGAGUGAGUCAGACUCUGUUAACCAUGAGGAUGUCACUGAACUUCUACUGGGAAAUCAUGAAGUUUUCUUAAGUACUCUCCGUUCUCGCUUGACAAAACUACAGGUAGUCAGGCAUUUCUUUGAAAGGAAAGAUAUGAAAGGUGCUAUUAACGCAUUGAGGAGGUUGCCGGAUCAUUCUGUUCAAGCAGAUGUAAUCAGCAUCCUUACGGAAAAAAUGGAGAUGCUGAACUUAGAUUUAUUUUCUUGCUUGCUUCCUGUUCUUGUGGGUUUACUGGAUAGCAAGGUAGAAAGGCAUUCAUGUGUGUCUCUCGAGAUGCUACUAAAGCUUGUAGCAGUUUUUGGUUCAGUAGUUCGGUCAACAGUUUCUGCACCUCCGACUGUUGGUGUUGAUCUACAUGCUGAGCAAAGGCUAGAGUGCUGCAACCAGUGUUUUACAGAGCUGCAAAAGAUCCAGAAAAUCAUACCUAUGCUUGUGAGGUAG